UGUAACUCCGUUGUUGCUUUGUUAACCCUGCAGCUGUUUGACUCUUCUCUCCUCUGUUUAGAGUGUUUGUGACGGUUGUUUUUCACUGAACUCAUGAUCUGCCGCUCCUUCAGAAACGAAAGUGAAAGUGUUUAGUUGUUGUGUCGCCAUUUUAAACAGACAGAAUCCACCAUUUACAACGCAGAACACCUUUAAAUCUUUAAUGUCUUGACAAAACCUUUUCUUCUAGAGUUUCUGCUGGAGAUCAAACUCUUCAGGUCCAUCAUGGAGGACACACACACUGCUGGAGAUCAAGAUUUGUCUACAGGAUGCAGUUCAGUUCAUCAGAAGAGAGCAGAAGCAGAGUCCAGCUGUGUGUCUAUGAAGAGUGACUGGUCUAUGGAUCGACCAAUACAAUUUAAGAGUGAAAACACACGACCUGCUGUCAGUUCAGUUCAUCAGAAGAGAGCAGAAGCAGAGCCCAGCUGUGUGUCUAUGAAGAGUGACACGUCUAUGGGUGAACCAGUAUAUUUUAAGAGUGAAAACACACGACCUGCUAUCAGUGUGGAUAGAGAUGAUCAGACUGGAGACCUGCAGCAGCAUUCAUUCCAACCAGAACAUGAUGAACUUCAGAGAGUCAAAGAGCAGCACAAAACCAUCAUGAAUAACAAGUAUGAGAGAUUAUUUGAGGGAAUCAACCAUGGAGAGACUCAAACCCUCCUGAACAGGAUCUACACACAGCUCUACAUCAUAGAAGGAGAGAGUGAAGGAGUGAAUGAAGAACAUGAGGUUUUACAGAUGGAGAAAAGAGCCAGAACAAAACCCUCACAACACACUCCAGUCUACUGCAAUGACAUCUUUAAAGCCUCAGCUGGAGCAGGACAUGAGGAGAAGAUCAAGAAGGGGAAACCACAGAUCAAGACUGUUCUCACUAAAGGCAUCGCUGGAAUCGGGAAAACCGUCUCUGUGCAGAAGUUCAUUCUGGACUGGGCCGAGGAAAAAGACAAUCAGGAUGUAGAUUUCAUGUUUGUGCUUCCAUUUCGAGAGCUGAACUUGAUCAGAGAUCAUCAGUACAGUCUUCACAGACUUCUGCUGGACUUUCAUCCUGAACUUGAAGAUCUGGAGCCCAAGAUUUAUGAGCAGUGUAGAGUUGUGUUCAUCUUUGAUGGUCUGGAUGAAAGCAGAAUUACGCUCAACUUUUCAGAUGAGGAGAAAGUUUGUGCUGUGACUGAAUCUUCAUCAGUGGCUGUGUUGAUGUGGAGCCUCCUGAAAGGAGAUCUGCUUCCCUCUGCUCUCAUCUGGAUCACCUCCAGACCAGCAGCAGCCCAUCAGAUCCCCUCCAAAUACAUCAAGCGUCUGACAGAGAUUCAGGGAUUCACUGAGCCUCAGAAGGAGGAAUAUUUCAGGAAGAGAAUCAGCGACGAGCAUCAAGCCAGCAGAAUCAUCUCCCACAUCAGAAGAGCAAGAAGCCUCCAGAUCAUGUGCCACAUACCCGUCUUCUGCUGGAUCUCCUCCACUGUGCUUCAGAAGCUCCUGGAAGAAGAUGUGAGUGCAGAAAUCCCUCAAACUCUGACUGAGAUGUACAUCCACUUCCUGCUGAUUCAGAUCAACACGAGGAAGCAGAAGAAGCAGAAGUAUGAAGAGAGAGAUCCAGAGAAACUCCUGCAGUCCAUCAGAGGAGUGAUCCUCAAACUUGCUGAAGUGGCUUUCAGGCAGCUGAUGAAGGGCAAUGUGAUGUUCUAUGAGGAGGACCUGAUUGAGAGCGGCAUAGACGUCACUGACGCCUCAGUGUAUUCUGGGAUCUGCACUGAGAUCUUCAAGAAGGAAUCUGUGAUUCAUCAGAGGAAAGUCUACAGCUUCAUCCAUCUCAGCUUUCAGGAGUUUCUGGCUGCUUUCUUUGUGUUUUACUGCCAUUUAACAGAGAACAGAGAACCGCUGAGGGUGAUCUAUGACAGAGGAUAUUCAGAUGGUCGAUAUCUAAAUUUAACUAAAAAAUAUUCAUAUGAUCAAUAUCUACAGGCCAGCUCUGAGAAGUCUCUGUAUGUUCUGCUCAGAUCAGCAGUAGAUAAAGCUGUCAGGAGUAGUAAUGGUCAUCUGGAUCUGUUCCUGCGGUUCCUGCUGGGCGUCUCACUGGAGUCCAAUCAGAGACUCUUCCAGGAUCUGCUGACACACACAGAGAAGAGCUCAGAGAGCAUCAGGAGAAUCACACAGGACAUUAAAGACAAGAUCAAGACAGAUGAAAGAACCACCGGAAUGUUCAAGAAGAUAUAUGUCCCUUUCUCAGCUGAAAGAUCCAUCAAUCUGUUCCUCUGUCUGCUGGAGGUGAAAGAUCAAACUCUGGCCAGAGAGAUUCAGGAGUUUGUGAAAUCAAACAAACACUCAGUGGAGAAACUCUCUCCUGCUCACUGCUCAACAAUCUCCUACAUGAUCGAGAUGUCAGAGGAGCCGCUGGAUGAGUUUGAGCUGCAGAAAUUCAACACAUCAGAUGAGGGAAGACGGAGACUGAUACCAGCUGUGAGAAACUGCAGAAGAGCUGUGUGA